CCUCAGGAACCGCCGCCAUUUUGAAGCCGCCGCCGCCGCUGCCGGUUCUGUCACCGCUGCGCUCCCCCCACCGAGAUGCGUCCCGGCAUCAAACUCUUCGUGGGGAACGUCCCCGAGGAGGCGACGGCGGAGGAGUUGAGCGAGCUGUUCGCCGGCGCCGCGGGGCCGGUGCUGGGCGUCGCCCUCAUGAAACAGUUCGCGUUCGUGCACCUGCGGGACGAGGCGGCGGCGGCGCGCGCCAUCUCGCAGCUCAACGGGCACCAGCUGCACGGCCGCCGCAUCGUGGUGGAGCCAUCCCGGCCGCGCCCCACCAACACCUGCAAGAUCUUCGUGGGGAAUGUCUCGGCCGCGUGCACGAGCGGGGAGCUGCGCUCGCUCUUCCAACAGUACGGCCCCGUGGUGGAAUGCGACGUGGUGAAAGACUAUGCCUUUGUGCACAUGGAGAACGAAGCCGAUGCUAAAGUUGCCAUCGAAAACCUAAAUGGGAAGGAGGUGAAGGGGCGCCGGGUGAACGUGGAGCUCUCCACCAACGUGCAGAAGAAGGGCACGGGCCAGGCGCCGCCGCCUGCCCUCGGCGUCGACAAGACCAAGCGCAUCGGCCUCGAGUACCGCGAGAAGUUCCAGCCCAAGAUCGAGGGCUUCGACCAGCAGCGGCGGGUGGCUGACGCCGCCUUCCCCUCGGCCGCAGGCACCGGCUACGCCACCACCCCCUCUCUGUACGAUUACCAGCAGCGCUUCGGCGCCAAGUACGACGCCUUCGAUGCGCAGCCCCGGCCUGCCUCCCCCUCCUACUUUGGCAGGGACCGCAGCCCGCUGCGGCGGUCGCCCACCCGUCCUGGCUACGCCGCGGUGACACUCCCCAUGACGGCACAGCCGGCCGCCUACCGCGCCCAGCCCUCGGCCUCGCUGGGGGCCACGUACCGAGCCCAGCCCUCGGCCUCCCUGGGCGUGGCGUACCGCCCACAGCCCACCACGGGCCAGGCCGCCGCGUACCGCGUGCAGCCCUCGGCCUCGCUGGGCAGCGCCUACCGCUCCCAGCCCUCGGUCGGCUCCCUGGGCGCUGCGGGCGCUCAGCCCGCUGCCGCCAACUCCCUCGGCUCCUACGGCGCCCAGCCUGCCGCUGCCGCCUCAUAUGGCGCCCAGCCUGCCGCCGCCAACUCCCUCAGCUCCUACAGCAUCCAGUCCGCCGCCCUGGCCUCCUCCUACAGUGCCCAGCCUGCCUCGGGCUACUCGGCCGGCUACAGCGCCCAGCCCGCCAUCGCUGCGUACGGCGCCCAGCCCGCUGCCGGCUCCGCCAGCUCCUACAGCACCCAGGCCGUGGCCGUGCACGUGGCGUCCUACGGCGCCCAGCUGGCCACAGGCUCCUACGGCGCCCAGCCCAUGGAUAGCCACGCUGGCUCCUACGGUGCCCAGCCUGGUGCCACGCUGUCCACUGGCUACGGCGCCCAGGCCGUGGCAGUGCACGCCAGCUCUUACAGCGCCCAGGCUGUGGCCGGCCACGCCGCCGCUGCCUACCAGCCAGUGGCCGGCCACUCAGCCUCCUACGGUGCCCAGCCCGCGCUGUCCAGCUCGUACGGCGCCCAGCCCACCGUGGGCCACUCGGCCUCGUACGGCGCCCAGCCUGCCGCAGGUCUGCCUGCGUCCUACGGCAGCCAGCCCGCGGCCGCCGCGCUCCCCGCCGGCUACGGCGCGCAGACGGGCUCCUCGCUGGCCGCGUCCUACGGCAGCCAGGCCGCCGUCGCCGCCACCUCCUACAAGGUGCAGGCCUCCGCCCCGCUGACGGCCGCGUACCGGGCCCAGGCCUCCGGUGCCAUGGCGGCCUCCUACCCGGCGCAGCAGCCGUCCUCCGCCGCGCUGGCAGCCGCGUACCGAGCCCAGCCGGGCAGCGCCUACGACGGGCCGAGCCAGCUGGGGCAGCCAGCGGGUUCCUACCUGGGCCUGGCGCAGGCCACAGCCGCCGCACCGCCCUACGAGCGCACCCGCCUCUCCCCGCCUCGCAGCGCCGCCUACGACGACCCGUACAAAAAAUCGUCCUCUCUGGCUAAAAGGUACGGCUCUGAGCGCCGUAUGUCCGAGCUGGCCGAUUACCGGCGCUUAGCGGACUCGCCGCUGGUGUACCGCCGCUCGCCCGCCAAGUCCCCGCUGGACUACCGCCGCAUGCCGGACGCGCACAGCGAGUACGCCCGCUACUCGGGCGGCUACAGCGACUAUCUGCCCGCUGCCCGCAUCCACUCGGGCUACCAGCGCCGCCUCUGAGCCGGCCUCGGCCCCGCUCGCCGCCCCACUGGGGCACGGACGGUUCUUUUUCAGCCCAUUCUUUCUGGUUUUGCUGUUUUGACUUUUUUAGAAGGUUCCGCGCUUACGGUUGGCAGUGGCCGCGUGGUUCAUCCCUCGCCGGCGCUCGGUGCCGGUUCAUAACCCGCCAACGGUUGUGGCCGUGUGGCUCAGACUCUUUUAUACCAUGAGUUGUCCCGUUUUUUGGGCAAAUUCCCCAUUUCCAGUGUCAGGCCCGGCAUGGUGCCGGGUUUUUUUUAUGACUGUAAAUAAAUGUUGGGGUCUGCUCUGGUUCCCAACGCCUCCUGCCUGGUUCUUUCCCAGUCCUGGGAUCCUCUCCCCCCACUGGGGACACCUCCGGGUGCCACCAGCGCCACCCAGCUCAGACUGGAGCCGCUCCCAGUGCUGGAGCUGGAGGCAGAUUUGGAGGAUGAGCAGCGUUCGGAGCCGGCAGCAGGAAGUGCCAGACUCAGCCCUGCUGCGACACCACCACAUGGGAUCGCUGGCACCAGCCUGCGCCAGGGCCUUGUUUUGGGUGAGAAAAGCUGGUUUUGAGGGGUGGUGCCGAGUGUGAGCGAGAGCUGACGUGGCAUGUGGUGUGCCAGGUGUACCACCGUCACAACCGUGACUAUUCCUGCAGGCACCUUCUGUCCCCAUCUCUCCCCCAGCACCGGUCACAGCCCAGUCCCGGCUGUGCCACAGGAGGGAUGGCCAAGGCUCGUUAACCACCGCGGUAAUUAGCAAGGCAGGACGGUCUGAUGCUUCUCCCUUCCUUCCCAGGGUGGCCACAUGCCCAGAGUCCCCAGGUGUGGCGAUGGCAGCGCCCACAGGUGACCACGGCACCGAUCGGCGCUGGUGAGGCAGAACCGGCAACAUCAGCAAAGGCAUGUCCUGGGCUUAAUGACCUUAAUUAAUGAACAAGGUGAGGCAGGAGAGCAUCUGGGGACAAACGAGCCAGUUUGGGGACAAACAAGGCAGUCUGGGGACUAAUUAGCCCGGGGCAGGUUAAGUGGUGGCUCCUGUCGCCCAUGAGGAGGAGGAAGAGCUGGGGGCUGGUUAAAGCCCCUGUGUUACCCCUGGGUGCCCCUUUGGGGGGCCCUGGGACUGUUUUGGGGGUGCCCCCAUUUGCAGCAGCCCCUCCCUGGGAGCUCCGGUCUGCGCGGGCCGAGCCAGGCAGGGCACAGGCAGCACCGGGGAGUCCAGAAGGUUCUGUGCCACGUUCUGAGGGGACUUGAGUGCAGAGAAAGAACCGGGGGUGGAGCCAGCGCCGUUUGUUAAAAAUUUUGAGUUUUAUUUUACCGGAAAGUGGGGUCGGGGGACUCUAAAUCACUCGGUGGGUUCCCCCCCCGCCGGCGCGGCGGCCUCCGGUCUGCUACGGCGUUGGGCUAAAAACCUACCACUGGAUUAUCCACCCUCUUAAAAAAUAAAGGAAAAAAAAAAAAAAAAAAAA